AUGGAUUUCAUGAAGGUCUUCGAUCAAACGGUUCGAGAGAUAAAGCGGGAGGUGAAUCUGAAAGUUUUGAAGGUCCCUGAGAUGGAGCAAAAGGUAUUGGAUGCUACAGAUAAUGAACCUUGGGGUCCACAUGGUACUGCAUUGGCAGAGAUAGCACAGGCCACGAAGAAAUUCUCGGAGUGCCAGAUGGUUAUGAGUGUUUUGUGGAGUAGACUGGCCGAGACAGGAAAGGAUUGGCGAUACGUCUACAAGGCACUGGCUGUUAUUGACUAUCUGAUUUCAAACGGAUCAGAACGAGCAGUUGAUGAGAUUAUUGAGCAUACUUACCAAAUAUCUUCACUCACGAGUUUUGAGUAUGUUGAACCGAAUGGAAAAGAUAUGGGAAUCAAUGUGAGAAAGAAGGCAGAAAACAUAGUUGCUCUCUUGAAUAAUAAGGAGAAAAUCUCGGAAAUCAGAGACAAGGCAACAGUUAAUCGUAACAAGUAUGUUGGCCUCUCAUCAACGGGAAUAACAUAUAAAUCUGGUUCAGCUUCAGCUUCGUUUGGUGGUAGUUUUCAAAGUGGUUCAAGCAAUUACGACAGCUACAAGGAUUCCAAAGAAGAAGACAAGAAUGACUAUGAGUCUUUUCAAAGGUCAAGGCGCGGUGUUAAAAGUGAAGAGCAAGGCUACAGUUCGAAGAAAAGUUUUUCACGCUAUGGCAGCACGGACCAUGAUAAUCUAUCUAGUGGGAAAAAGCCAACUGGUUCCAUACCUUCACAUGCAUCCGCAGCUCCUUCAAACGACGAUGAUGAUUUUGAUGAUUUUGAUCCACGUGGAACUUCCAGCAAUAAGCCUUCCACAGUCAGUGCCAACCAAGUAGACCUUUUUGGAGGAGAUCUGAUAGGUGACCUCAUGGAUUCUGGGCCAACGGAAACAUCUUCCACCAACAACAACGGGAAGUUUCAAGAGGCGGACUUGUUUGCUGAUGCAACUUUUGUAUCAGCCACGGCUCCGGGAACAGAAUUUGGGUCGCAGAAACAGAAAGAAGUUGAUCUUUUCUCUACGUCCGAACCUUCUGUCACAGUUUCUUCACCUCCUCCAACGGUUGAUCUUUUUGCAUCACAUGAAUCAGUUGCAAGCCCAGAGGCCAAGAUUCCUAAACCUGAGCCUAUGACCACUCCAACCAUUGUUGACCCAUUUGCUGCACUUCCCAUGGACAAUUUUGAUGGAUCUGAUCCUUUUGGUGCCUUCACUUCUCACUCGGCUUCAGUCUCUACAGGUCCACAGGCUCCCGCAACAAGCACCACAAGCCCACUGUCUUCAGCAGACUCAAAGCCACAACAGUUGCAGAAGAAGGAUCCUUUCCAAGUGAAAUCUGGAAUCUGGGCAGAUUCGCUGACCCGUGGACUGAUUGAUCUCAAUAUAACUGCUCCCAAAAAAGCUUCUCUUGCUGAUGUGGGGGUUGUGGGUGGUCUCGGGAAUGAGGAAGGAAACAAGGCAUCUGCUGCUACUUACUACUCAGGGUGGUCCAUGGGCGCAGGAUCAGGGCUCGGUAAAACCGGGCUAUACAGUGCACAGCAGCAACAACAACAACAAGCACCUGAGAUCUCAGAUGAUUUCUUCUCCAGCCUCAGUAACCAAAGUUACCAAUCUGGAGGGUUUAAACAGUGA